AUGACUCGCAUUCUUAUCACCCUCCUCGCUGCGGCUGCGGCCAUUCAGCAGGCCAUUGCCCUACCUGUGGCUGAUGCCGAUGUCGACCUUGCGGCUACUCGUCCCCCCCGCCCGACUGGUCGUCCCACAGGCUUCGUUCCUCCCGUCAAGCCGACCAAGUCUGUGGUUCUUCCGCCCAGGCCGACCAAGUCUGUGGUUCUCCCGCCCAAGCCUACCAAGUCGGUCAAGCCGCCUCCCCCGAAGCCGACCAAGAGCGCUGCUCCUCCCAAGCCGACCAAGCCAGUUCUCCCUCCUAAGCCGACCAAGCCGGUCCUUCCUCCCAAGCCCACCAAGCCGGUCCUCCCCCCUAAGCCCACCAAGUCCAAGGUUGCUCGCGAUGAGCCCAAGCCUACCCGCUCCGUCCGCCCUCCCCCUCCCAAGCCGACCAAGUCCGCUGUUGUGCCCCCUAAGCCAACCAAGCCCGUGACUCCUCCCAAGCCCACGAAGCCGGUCCUCCCUCCCAAGCCGACUAAGCCAGCGACUCCCCCCAAGCCUACCAAGCCUGUCACCCCUCCCAAGCCAACCAAGUCUGUCGUCCUUCCCCCCAAGCCGACUCUCUCCGUUGUACUCCCACCCAAGCCAACCAAGCCCCCCGUCCCGACCAUCAGCCGCACCGCUCGCCCGCCUCGCCCAACACUGACCAGGACCAAGGCUGCCCGUGAGGAGCCCCCCAAGCCCACCAAGCCAGUCACUCCCCCCAAGCCCACCAAACCGGUCACUCCCCCCAAGCCCACCAAGCCAGUGACCCCUCCCAAGCCAACGAAGCCCGUCACUCCCCCUAAGCCAACGAAGCCCGUCACUCCCCCUAAGCCAACGAAGCCCGUCACUCCUCCCAAGCCCACCAAGCCAGUGACUCCCCCAAGCCCACCAAGCCAGUGA